AUGGCUGCGCGGCCACCCAAUUAUUUCUUCAAUAAUACUCAAACUAGACCACCUCUAAGGCCAAUUCGCACCUCAUUCCUCCACAAACUGCUACAACCUCACAUCCCUAAUUCCUCUCAUCAACUCAUGGGUUUUUUAACCCUUGUUAUCUCCGGAGGAAUUUUGCUCCUCCUCACUGGCAUCACUAUAACGACCAUAAUCCUUGGGUUAAUUUUCUUCACUCCAUUGAUCCUCAUCACUAGUCCUAUUUGGAUCCCACUCUUCAUCGCCGCUGUUGGAUUUUUAUCCCUCUGCGGAUUCGGCGCGGUAGCAUUGGGCGCUGUAACUUGGGUGUACAACUACUUCAGCACCAGGAGAUCAAUGGUAGACAAUGAUGAUACCGCCGAUGUGAAGGAUUACGCUAGAGGAUUUGGUGGAUACCUUCAGUAUUAUAAAGUCAUGAAGGAUACAGCUCCCGGUGCUUAA